AUGGCUAGCGCUGGGCAUGGAAAUGGACUCAUAAAUGGUGUAGUAUCGAAUAAGCACACUGCUACAAUAUCUGAAGUAGAUGAAUUCUGCAAUGCCCUUGGGGGAAAUAGGCCGAUUCAUAGUAUAUUGAUUGCGAACAAUGGAAUGGCGACUGUCAAGUUUAUACGCAGUGUUAGGAGUUGGGCUUACGAGACGUUUGGCACGGAAAAGGCUAUCUUGUUGGUUGCCAUGGCUACUCCAGAAGACAUGAGAAUCAAUGCAGAACAUAUCAGAAUAGCUGAUCAGUUUGUGGAAGUACCUGGUGGGACCAAUAACAAUAACUACGCCAAUGUGCAGCUUAUUCUAGAGAUUGCCGAGAUAACUCAUGUUGAUGCGGUAUGGCCUGGUUGGGGUCAUGCAUCAGAGAAUCCUGAGCUACCAGAUGCAUUAAAAGCAAAAGGAAUUGUAUUUCUUGGGCCUCCUGCAGUAUCUAUGGGGGCAUUGGGAGAUAAAAUUGGUUCAUCGUUGAUCGCUCAAGCAGCCAAUGUGCCAACCCUUCCAUGGAGUGGUUCACAUGUGAAAAUUCCUCCUGAAAGCUCCUUGAUUACUAUUCCUGAUGAAAUCUACCGAGCAGCAUGUGUUUAUACAACAGAAUAA